GAUGCCUUUUUACCAGACAGAAUAAAACUGUAUACAACAGAGAGUGAGAUUUACAACGAUAAAGUUGACCUUCAAAUGAAUGUCACAUUCAAAGAUUUUAGUAAAGAUGUUGGGUUUGUCCUCUAUAAUAACGAUCAGUUCUUCAAGUCAAAAAGCUUUCGACCUUCUCUGGAUACCAAGAGAAGAGUGAUAUCCGCUAAUCUUCAAGACAAUUCUGAAAUUGAAGUUUGGUUUGCAGUCACAUCUUCGGCCGAUUCCACAUUGUCCAUCAAUGACUUUGCAUGCGUGUUUUGGAGUUACGAAAAACAGGACUGGAUCACAGACGGUUGCACCAAAACUGAGAGCCCCUCGGGAGGUUUAGUUUGCAAGUGUGAAAGACACAAAAAUGGAAACUUUGCUAUUCUGAUGGCAUAUGAUAUCAACUAUCAAUAUUCUGAAGCCUUGCAUUGGAUCAGCAUCUCCGGCUGUGCUAUGUCUGUAGUGGGACUGUGUGUCACAGCAUUGUACCAAAUCAUAACCAGGAAGUCAAGAGGAGGCAGUCCUACUCUGCUAGUGGUGAACAUCUGCAUAAGCAUGACGGUUUUCUACCUUCUCUUCAUCUUCGGCAUAAACAACCCCAUCCAACAUGUGCAUGUAGCAAAGAAGUCUGGCCAGAAUAUAGUUCCUGAGUCUGACCACCACAAGUACCAAGAUGAGGGACCCUGUACGGCGUUCACAGCUCUGCUUCAGUACUUCCUGUUGGCCACGUUCACAUGGAACUCUCUGUACGGCCUUAAUGUGUUCCUACUCUUCAAAAACUCAGUGUCUGGAACACCUUCAUGGUUUCCAAAGGUCUCCAUGCCGGUUGGAUGGGGUGUGCCUGCUGUAAUUGUUGGUAUCUCAUUGGGUUCCACCUACCAUGUGGAUGAGCCUUUAGGUUAUCGACAAGAAGAGUUUUGCUGGCUGGCUUCAAUGGACCACAAACAGAAGUUCAGUAUAAAGAAACCCAUGUUUUGGGGAUUCGUGCUCCCAUUACUGUUCAUGCUGAUCUCAAGCACAGCAAUACUGCUGCACUUCUCUUACAACAUCUGCAGGACCAACCCUAACUUAAACAGUACACGUAGAACUCCUCUGAAGAAGAAGAUUUUGAGUAGCUUCUCUCUUGCAGUGAUGCUUGGCUUGUCUUGGGUUUUGGGCUACAUUUUGCUCAUCACCCAAGAAAAAAAUCUCAGAUUAAUUCUCAGUGUGGUUUUCUGUCUCUUAAACACAACACAGGGUAUUCAGAUAUUAAUUUUAUUCGCUCUGAGGCCUUUUUUAAACUCAAACCCAGCUAUUCUCAACUCUCUGCGUGCACCAGAAAUAGGCUUUCACAAGAAAUCAUUUUUUUUAUGGAAAAAUAAGAUGCCAGAAAACAAAGAAAGCUACAAAUCCACAUAUGAUGAAUCAGCCUGACAGGCCAUCAAAGAGCCGGCGUAGAUAGUUGGUGAGACUGUUGCCUUGACCUCAGCAAAGAGGUACAUCAUGCAGUGAAGUCAAGGAGGAAUAUCAUCUUGAGUCAGAUAUUUUAAUUUGUACAGUUGUAUCCUGAUUCAGUAUUCAGUUAGCAGCUCAAUUUUAUAUUCUCUGCAUGCCAUUAGGAGCUUCUUGGACUUUGUUCACAAUGCACACAAAUCUGAUUUGGUUUUACUUUUUACUUUUUAUAGUUCUGACUGUCGACACAUUUCUCAGGUUAUGCAAUCUGACCUGUUUAUUCCAAAAGUAUUACUAUUCACUAUAAUUAAUGUUACAUAGUUUGAGUUCACCCAAAAAUUUACAUUUGCAGAAUUUUUACUUGCCCUAGGCCAUCCAAGAUCAAAAUGAGUUUGUUUCUUCAUCAAAACAGAUUUGGAGAAAUUAGCAUUACAUCACUUGCUCACCAAUGGAUCAUUUGCAGU